AUGGACAAAUGCCAUUGGAAUGCAUCUUGCGCUAAUACCCAGGGCUCAUACAACUGUUCUUGCAAUCCUACGUUUAUUGGAGAUGGUUUUGAUUGUGAAGGUUAGUUUGGUUUUUGAAGGCGAUGUAAUUUGUAUUUUGUUUCCCACGUUGAAUGUAGCAGUAAAUUGCUUAGAGUUGACUUUCACCCGAAAUUCACAUCGAAGAAGUUGACUUUCAUCCGGAAUUCACAUCGAGGAGGCAUAAUUUUACGCUAAUUUUUGCACAAAAGCCAAUCGCUUUUUCAUUCUGUUUUAAAUGUUUAACAACCUUACACGAACUCUUACAUGAUGCAGACAUGACACUAUCUGUAGAACUAAAAAACAUUUAAGAAUCCCAAACCUUAAAAGAUCCCCUUACAAUAAUAGCGUCUAUGAUCCUUAUUUGAGUUAUGCAAGCCAAUGAAUGAGUUGCCAGUAAUCGGAUCCUUGUGUUCUCGCAAAGAUUUCUGGUAUCGUCGCGGGGCAAACAUUACGACUGUUUCGAGGUCCAAAACAACCAUUAUGGAGAGAGAUCAUCGCUUUUUCGCCGCUUUUUUAUCAGAAUUGGAUUGGGUAAUGUUGAUACAAGGGAAGCAUGAGUUUUGUUUGAACAACCAUGAAAUAUGAGGUAAAAUCCACCGAUUAACUUUUCAUCAUGCGCAAGGUUUAUUGUGAAAUUGACAUCUUGCACAUCUUUUGGUCUCAAAAUUUAAUCAUAUUGGCUAUAAAUCGCCCAAAAAUAACUCAAUUAAGCCUUUUCAAUUUUGUUUACGUGUGUUAAGUCUACUUCUAGCUUCUGGCUUUUUUCUUGGCUUGGCAAUACAAAAGAGCGCUACAACAGCUACCUCGAAGCAGCAGGAGAUUGAAAUGGUGUGCCUGGGUAUAUUAUAUUAUCGCGGUGCAUUAAAAUGAUUGAACGCAUACACUGCCUCUUUGCUGUGGUAAAUGAGAACGAAACGGCAUUAAUAAUCGACGCAAAACUAAACCCUUUUUACUCUCCGAGGAUGCGUGGGUACAAAUGGGUCGCUUAAGGAGCGAUGCAAAAGCGAAUAUAUGCCCACAGUUCCUGCUGGACUUUCAGUAAUCUGCCUCUUCUCCUCCAAUGAGUUCGAGGAGAAAAGUGGCAGCAAAAAAAUCUUGGGAUUUUCUCAAACAAGCUAUUAUUUGACUUAGGGAUUUCCUCGUGUUUUCAUCGUUUAAUUUAUCCUUCCAACGAGCAAGAUCCCGGUAAAAAUAAUUUCCAUCCCCGCUGACAAAGACUUCUCUCCUGUGAGGAGGUAUAUUUUUAGACGUCGUAAUUUUUAUAUUUAAGACGUUAACAGGUAUGAAUUAAGGCUGUACAUACAAAAAUACAACUGAAAAGACUUAAAUGAGUUAUUUCAUAACAAUUUAUGGCGAAUUUUGUAAUAUGUUGAGACCAUUACGCCAUGACGAUUUCACAUAAGACCUUACAUAAAUAGAGAAGUUUAUCGGUACGUUUUAUAUUUCGUGUUAAUUGUAACAAAAACUACGCUUUCCGCGUAUCAACAUUAUCCUAAUCGAUUUAUAAUAAAAAUGCGGCAAAGAGCGUUGAUCUCUUUCCAAAAUAGGGCUUUUUGGACGUCAACCUUUAACCAUACAUUUCAUUUUAGCGAGUUGCAAUGUUUGCCCUGUGGCGAUCCUAGAAAUCUUUGUACCAACGCAAGGAUCCAAUUACUGGCAACUCAUUCAUUCGCGUUAUGAAUAUAAAUAAUUGGAUGAUGCAAAUAGACAGAGAAUCAUUGCACACUCCUAGGACUUAAUUGUGUUACUGCCAGAUACGUCUGGGCUGGUAUUGUUGUGUGGGAAACGAAGAUCAAAAAUGUCUUAAACGCAUUUGGUAGCAUCCAGUUGAGGUAAAAACAACGAAAGGCUUUGAUGGGCGAUUAAAGCAAGAGUUAACAUAAUUCUUUAUAGUGCCACCGUUUCAUUUUAGUUCCUUUGUGCAUCAUCAUUGUUCGAUCCAAAUUCUUCUUUAAAUUUUACUUAACGCAUAGUUGUUCUUGUAAAAUAUUAGUCCUUUCUGGUUGUUGUCGAACUGCCUGACUUGAAAAAUGUCAAAAACAAAAAAAAUUAUCUUUGAUACCACAACCUUUAGUAACGUUUAUUUCAUUUACCAGCCGACCCAUGUUAUAAUUAUCAAAACCUGAGUGAUGCCAAUAGAAAGAGCAGUUACGAUACACGGGAACACUUGUGCGAUAAGCAACUUCUUGUGGGAUGGUAUCGUUUUGUGGGAGAUGCA